GCGCCAGCGCCAAGCGCCAAGCGCCAGUGAGUGCCAGUGGCUGCUGAAGCUACAGGCCGCGACGCCGCGACGGGCAGACGGCCGCACGGAGGCCGAGGCGUACUUAAAGCCUGCAGAGGCAGGUUUCAGGCCCAGUGACGUGACAGUGCGGUGUGACAGUACGACAGGCCCGGCUGUCGAGCAGAGUUCUAGCAGAAACUGAACAGUCAGUUAACGUUUGGACCGGCCUAAUCCUUCUGCUCGUGUGUGUACUGGCUGUCACCACAACACAACAACAACAACAAUCUUCAACAACAACAUCGUCGUCCCGUCGCUUGUUUCUGGCUGAACGUUCGGCAUUCCACCUCUAGAGGGCAGAACGAGCGGCGGAGCCAAAGAUGGCGAACGAAGGCAUGGAUGCCUUUUGCGGCUCCCCGUUCUGGAAUGUAACAAGAACGUGGGAGACAGAAGAUCCUGAUUUUACAAAAUGUUUUGAAAAGACAGCUUUAGUAUGGGCACCCUGUGUUUUUCUAUUUGUAUUUGCUCCUUUAGAAGCAUAUUACAUAGUUAGAAGUAAAAAUAGGGAUGUACCAUGGAACUGGCUGAAUAUCUCAAAAUUGGCUAUCACAGCUUUAUUAGUUGCUCUCUCAAUAGGAGAUAUGGGAAAUGCUGCACACCGGAGUGGCAAUGGUUUAGAAGUGUAUUCUGUGGAUUUCUACACUCCUCUCAUAAAGAUAGCUACAUUCCUUCUUAGUGCAGUGUUGCUGCUCUACAACCGGAAACAUGGUAUUUGCAGUUCAGGCCUACUCACAUUGUUCUGGCUGUUCCUACUUAUUUGCGGUAUUCCGCAGUACCGCACUGAACUUGUGGAAGAACUGAAUGAGCGACCAGAUGAUGCUAGAAAGCAGUUCCCAUUCAUUAGCUACAUGAUCUAUUUACCUUUAGUGUUUGCUAUGUUCAUUUUGAACUGUUUUGCUGAUGCUGAGCCAAGGCAAUUACAUUACCCCAAGACUGAGAAUCUAUGCCCAGAACUUGGAGCAUCAUUCAUCAGCAAACUGUUCUUCCUCUGGUUUGAUCAAUUUGCAUGGAAGGGAUUCCGCAAUCCCCUUGAAACAAAGGACUUGUGGUCAAUGAAGCCGGAGGAUGCUGCCAGUGAAAUUAUGCCCAUUUUCAACAAGUAUUGGGAGGAGUCUGUGCAGAAGUCUUCUGGGACUCAAGAGACGCCUAAUGCCAAAGCUUCUUUCAGGAAGUCUUCUGGUAGUGUUGAUUUGACCAGCACCACUAAGAAUACUCAAAAGCAAGCUUCUGUGCUUCCUGCUAUGUGCAAAGCCUUUGGACCUACAUUUGUGUUUGGAGCAGCUUUGAAGUUAAUUGUUGAUAUCCUCACAUUUGUCAGUCCUCAAGUUCUCAAGUUACUUAUCGCUUUUGUGGGUGGAGAGGAACCUUUGUGGAAGGGCCUUUUAUAUGCCUUUGCCAUGCUACUCACUGCUAUGAUCCAAACCUUGUUCCUGGCUCAGUAUUUCCAUCGCAUGUUUCUCGUUGGAAUGCGUAUCAGGACAGCUUUGGUCUCAGCCAUCUACAGAAAGGCUCUUCGCAUGUCCAACAGUGCACGGAAGGAAUCUACCGUUGGAGAAAUUGUGAAUCUAAUGUCAGUUGAUGCACAACGUUUUAUUGAUCUCACAGCAUAUAUCAAUAUGAUAUGGUCUGCACCCCUCCAGAUUGCUCUUGCGUUGUACUUCCUUUGGGAAACGUUAGGGCCAUCUGUACUGGCUGGUUUGGCUGUCAUGAUCAUUCUUAUUCCUGUGAAUGGUGUAAUUGCCAGCAAGGUGAAAAACUUACAAAUAACUCAGAUGAAGUACAAGGACGAACGUGUGAAGCUGAUGAAUGAGAUUUUAAGCGGUAUGAAAGUGCUUAAGCUGUAUGCCUGGGAACCAUCAUUUGAGGAGAAAAUCCUCAAGAUUCGUAACAAAGAAAUACGAGUACUUAAAAGUGCUGCGUACUUAAAUGCUGGAACUGCGUUUAUUUGGGCUUGUGCGCCUUUCUUGGUUUCUCUUGUGUCCUUCGCCACGUAUGUUCUUCUUGACGAGAAGAACAUUUUGGACUCUGAAAAGGCAUUCGUGUCUCUUUCACUUUUCAAUAUUUUGCGGUUUCCAUUGUCAAUGCUACCUAUGAUGAUUUCAAACUUAGUUCAGGCAUCCGUAUCCAUUAAAAGAAUUAAUAAGUUUAUGAACUCAGAGGACCUGGACCCAAGCAAUGUGUCUCAUGACGACAAGGAAGACUCCCCUCUUGUAAUUGAAAAUGGCACCUUCUCAUGGGGCCCAGAGGAGCCAGCUACUUUAAAGAACAUCAAUUUCAAGGUGAAUGAAGGAAGUCUUGUUGCUGUUGUUGGAUCUGUUGGGUCUGGUAAAAGCUCCCUGGUAUCUGCACUGCUUGGAGAAAUGGAUAAAAUAACUGGACGAGUAAACACGAAGGGAACAGUUGCAUAUGUACCACAGCAAGCAUGGAUUCAAAAUGCUACAUUGAAGGAUAACAUCUUAUUUGGCCAACCAGCUGACAACAGCCGUUAUGUCAAAGUUGUUGAUGCAUGUGCUUUGAAAUCAGACUUCGAUAUGUUGCCUGGAGGUGAUCAAACUGAAAUUGGAGAGAAGGGAAUUAAUCUAAGUGGUGGGCAGAAACAACGAGUAUCUUUGGCCAGAGCUGUCUACAAUGAUGCUGAAGUUUAUUUCCUUGACGAUCCUCUGAGUGCUGUGGAUAGCCAUGUUGGAAAGCAUAUCUUUGACAAUGUUAUUGGACCAAGUGGUUUACUUAAGAAAAAGACUCGUGUUCUGGUUACUCAUGGCAUCACUUUCCUGCCAGAAGUGGAUUUAAUUGUCGUGUUGAAAGAGGGUGAAGUGUCUGAAACUGGUACUUACAAGGAACUUUUGGAGAAGAAGGGUGCUUUUGCAGAGUUCCUCCUUCAUCACCUGCAGGAAAAGUCUGCUGAUGGUGAUGUUGAUGAAAAUCUGGACGAAAUCAAGGCUCAGCUCGAAGGCAUUCAAGGUGUAGAAGAGCUUAAAAAAGAAAUCAUCCGGCAGAAGUCUCGAGUAUCUGAAAGCCACAGCGAUACUGGAUCUAAUGCUGAUAAAGUAUCACUUACUGGGUCUCUUAAGAGGGCUGGUUCAGGAUCAAGUGAAGGUCUCCGCCGCCGACACAGUAGUGAGCCCAAAGAACCAACUCCUCCUCAACAGGAUGCUGCUAAGGGAGAAAAACUGAUUGAGGCAGAGAAGGCUGAAACUGGAAGUGUUAAAUGGCGUGUAUAUGCUCACUAUUUGAGAAGCAUUGGUUUGGUCCUAUCUGUUGCCACUAUCAUUCUCAACAUGAUCUUCCAAGGAUUUUCUAUUGGUUCAAAUGUAUGGUUGUCUGUUUGGUCCAGUGACGAUUCAAUGAAGAAUCUGACUGGAUCAGAAUAUACUGGAAAACGUGAUAUGUACUUAGGCGUAUACGGAGCAUUAGGCUUUGGUCAAGCAUUUGUGGUGUUAUUCAGUGUAGUGACACUUGCUUUGGGUACUCUUCGUGCUGCCGCAACCCUCCAUUUACAAUUACUGCAGAACAUACUUCGAUGCUCUAUGAGUUUCUUUGAUACAACACCAGUUGGUAGAAUUAUCAACCGAAUUCUGCAACGCUUUGGAAAAGAUGUUGAUGUUCUAGACAAUUCUUUGCCUCAGAACAUAUCGGAUACAAUAUACUGUCUUUUUGAGGUAAUAGCAACACUAGUUGUCAUCAGUUACAGCACACCAGAAUUUAUUGCUGUGAUUUUGCCUGUUGGCCUUCUUUAUUACUUUGUUCAGCGCUUUUAUGUAGCAACAUCUAGGCAGUUGAAACGACUGGAAUCAGUUUCAAGAUCUCCCAUCUACUCUCAUUUUGGUGAAAGUAUCACAGGUGCCCCUUCUAUUCGAGCCUACAAUGUUGUCAAUAGAUUUGUUAAUGAGUCCGAGGAGAAAGUCGACUUUAAUCAAGUCUGCUUCUUCCCCAGCAUCAUUGCCAAUAGGUGGCUCGCUGUACGUCUUGAAAUGGUUGGAAACCUGAUCAUAUUCUUCGCUGCCCUUUUUGCUGUCUUGGGUCGUGAAUCCAUUAGUGCUGGACUUGUGGGCUUGUCUAUCAGUUAUGCACUUCAGAUCACUCAAACACUCAACUGGUUGGUACGAAUGACAUCAGAUGUUGAAACUAACAUUGUUGCUGUUGAGAGAAUCAAGGAGUAUGGUGAAACACCUCAGGAGGCAGCUUGGGAAAAUACCACUACUGUGGUUGAGGCAAACUGGCCUCGAGAAGGCAAAGUUGAAUUCAAGGACUUUGAAGUACGUUACCGGGAAGGUCUUGACCUUGUUUUGAGGGGAAUUAAUUUCUCUGUGAAAGGAGGAGAGAAGGUGGGCAUUGUUGGAAGAACUGGUGCAGGAAAGUCGUCACUGACUCUUGCAUUGUUCCGAAUCAUUGAGUCAGCUGGUGGCAAAAUUACAAUUGAUGAUGUAGACAUUGCGAAGUUGGGACUGCAUGCUUUGCGAUCCCGCUUGACCAUCAUUCCACAAGACCCAGUCCUAUUCUCUGGAUCAUUGCGUCUAAAUUUAGAUCCAUUUGGUUCCUUCAAAGAUGAAGAGGUUUGGAGGGCUUUGGAACAUGCCCAUCUAAAGACUUUUGUGAAGGGGCUGGCUGCUGGCCUGGAACAUGAAGUAAAUGAAGGAGGAGAGAAUUUGAGUGUUGGGCAGCGACAACUUAUCUGCUUAGCACGUGCUCUGUUGCGAAAAACAAAAGUUCUCAUUCUCGAUGAGGCAACGGCUGCUGUUGAUCUUGAGACGGAUGAUCUGAUCCAGAGAACUAUUAGGGAGGAGUUCAAAGAGUGCACAAUUUUAACAAUUGCACACAGACUCAACACUAUCAUGGACUCAGACCGGGUUCUUGUUUUGGAUCAAGGAAAAGUGGUUGAAUAUGAGUCCCCAGAUGCUUUAUUACAUAAGAAAACCUCAAUAUUUUAUUCAAUGGCAAAGGAUGCUGGUUUGGUUUGAAUGCACUGCCAUCAAGAAUCCUGAGCAUACAUCAAACAUGGUUUAUUCACAAUUCAAUGGGGCAUUCAUAAGCUCCCCUGAAUUGUUUUCAUUUUUAGUUUUUUUCCUUUACAUCUAUGGUAUUACAUUCUGCCAUUGGAAACUAGAUCAUUCUGGUCGAUGCUUUAUGUGGUACACCCUUAUAAAUUAAUUCUUUGCACUCACUGCACUAUAAUUUGAGACCAAUGAUAGUCUCUUUAUUAUAAAAUUAUAAUACCGUAAGUGUUCUCCCUUCUUUCCAUCUUGGAAAAUUUAUUAUACUUUCCUUUUGCCUAAAAUGUGUUUGUUUAGUUAAAAUUACACAAAAUGGUUAUGGGUACUGCCAAUUUUCAAGGCACAGCUUAAAUCAUGACUAUCGAUAUUACUAAAUCAUGGAACUUCAUCUUUGCAAAGAACAAAACUUUUGUACUUAUAUUUAUAAAAUUUGCUUGUGUUCAUUUUUUGCUCUUAGAAUGAAUCAUAGUGUAGUACUUAUCUGACACAUCAGUGUCCAGAGAGGUUGAGAAAGAAGGAAAGGUCUGAUGAUUAACCAAAAUUUCUAAAGAUUUUUCAUCUGAGUAAAACAAACAUUGUUUGUCUGUGGAUUCUCAACUUGUCUUUCACUUUUUCAUCAUCUUUGAAAGACUGGCCAUGCACAGUAUUUUCCCCUCCCAGAACUGUUUACUUAAUAUCUGUGGAUACUAAAUGUUCUGAAUGCUAGAAUGUAACUUGUUUUCUCUCUUAAGACUCAAGGUGUUAUAGAAUGGAAGAUUGUGUGUGCCUUUUAGUUUAAGAUUCUCAUAAGUGCUGUUGCUAUUAAAAAGGGAGGAAGUUCACAUUUUAUCACAUUUGAGAUUCACUGUCUCUUAUAUUUUUAAAAAAAUAUAUUUUUUCUUAAAGUACAAAUAUGUUUUAGAUUAAUUCACUCUUUUUGAUAGAUUGGUUCCUAUUUGAAGUAGGAUGGGUCCAUACUUUCUGCUGUCUUUUUACUUAAAUAUUUUACUCAAUUAUUAAUUUUGAAUUUUAAUGAUAAAAAUCUUGUUGAAGAGAAAUAUUAUAAUGGCUGAACUUCAGGAUUUAUUGACUCUGCUCAUUGUAAAUGUGUCUAACUUGUUUUUGUGUAAGUUUUCUUAUGCUAAAAUGUCCUUCAGAUAUAAGUUUGACACCUUGGGAUCAAAGAUAAUGUUGAUUACUGUACGACUGUAAUGUUAGUACCCAUAUAAUUCUUAAGUGUUAAACAAUUAUCUCUUUGUAAGGACAGAUUUGUGAGCCAAGCCAACCAAUUCAAAUUGUUUGCCUUAAAUGAUUUUGAUUAUUAUGUGUUCAAGAACUUUGAGUUAUUUUGAUUGAACUUUAAACUGAGCUGAACAUCUUUGUGGGCUUAUUUCAUAUUGUGUAUUAAAUUUUCUACCUUGUGUCCAACUCUUGCCAUACAAAAGCUGAAGGGGUA